AUUUGAUCAUUCGUUCACUCUAACGCGUUGACAUAUGCGGACACACAUAGGGCUCUCAGCUAUCUGCUUUCCUGCUCUUGUGUUUGGAUGCUGUGUUAUACACAUGCAUUGAAGAUCACUUGCGCCGCUGGCAAAGUGAACUACAAUAUUAGACGUACAACCUCAAUCCGUGAAGGAUGUGCAAAGCGUUUUACGCUUCAUCAUACAUAUUCCGGCGGUCAAUUCACACUUAAUAAGUAUUCACGCAAUAAUAAUAUUUUGGGAGUUCCAAGACUUUUAAGAAAAUGGAUACGCGUUCGGUCGUGCGUUGUUUUCAGAAUAAUUUUUCAAUUGAUAAUAUAUUGUCGAAACCGAAUUCCGGCAAAUGUAGUGAAUAUUUUACGACGUUAAGUGAUUCGACUAAAAAUGCUUCAAACACCGCGCAACAGUGUAAUGAAGUUGAACAUUUAGACAUUGAAUGUGACAGCAAUGCUGAAGUGCAAUCAAGAGUAGAACUAUUGGUAUCGAGCAUCCCGGGAGACGGCAUCGAGGAUUCGAAAAGUGAUGUUGCAUCUGAAGAUGGCAGUAAUAUUAAUGACGACCGGAAAAAACGACCACGAACCGCUUUCUCAGCCUCUCAGAUCAAAGCCUUAGAAACGGAAUUCGAACGAGGAAAAUACCUGUCCGUCGCCAAGAGAACCGCACUAGCAAAGCAGUUACACUUAACGGAAACUCAGAUCAAAAUUUGGUUUCAAAAUCGACGCACAAAAUGGAAACGGAAAUACACUGCCGAUGUUGAAUCGCUCGCCUCUCAUUACUAUGCGCAGCUGGGUAUUGGUGGUCUAGCUCGCCCAAUGGUAGUCGGUGACCGCCUCUGGCUCUUCAGCCAAACACCCGCGGGUCCAACACCAUUUCAGUCGAUCAUGUUGAAUGGCGGUUUAGCAUCGUCUCCGAUGGCAACCACAAUGCGGCCUUACAACACAAAUUUACCAGCCACAACAGCCAGUUCCAGUGGUGCGGCAACUCCGACUCUAAUGCCGCCAUUGCCAGUGAUUGAGAGUGCCCGAAACGCCAUCUUAGCGCGAGGACAACCGCUGAAUUACGCCAUACCCUACAGCUUGGCCACCGCAGCCGCUGGAAAUGCUAACUGCUCAGAUAGUAAUGUGAACCGACCCGCUCAGCUGGAAUCGCCAAAUAAGCCCUACAGAGCGCCGGGUGAAUUUGUGAAUCGCUUCAUGGAGUAUAACACCCUUCCGAUGGCCACAGCUCUGGUCAAUGUUAACUCGUAUUGUCGCAACGAAAAUCCAUUGACAAAUAGCGCCACACAGGACACUUAUUUAGCGCUCAAAUAUGGUGCAAUGCCACUUGAAGGAGACACCACUACCUCGAACGGUUUGGCGGAGCUUGAGCGGGUCUUUGGUGAUACGAACGCCACCUUCUUGCAGAAGAGAAUUAACGGUGGCAAUUCGAGUGAAUGCGAAAAAUUGGGCACAUCACGCAAUCCAAGAAACCACUUGAUGCCUUCAAGAUCCGACUCCGACUGCAGUGACAUAGACUGUGAGCAAAUCGAUGAACCCGAUGACUCUUAACAUUUUUCUUGAGUGACACAUCUGAACCCACUAUAGAAACAUACAAAGUGGAUAUACAUAGUUGGUACAUAAAAAUAGAGGACAAUUGUUUUAUUGAAUAUCUUAUGGAAUAUUACAGUUUGAUCUAUAAGAACUUAAUCGUACUGUGGCACAAUAAAAUAAUUUAUUUACUUUAUCAAAUGACAGAAGAAGAGUAAUGUUAACGCAUUUAUUUUUGAAUAGUGACAUUUAUGCUAAAAUUCAACCAAAUUGUACCAACGUAAUUCAUAUAAAUGUUGGACUCUUCA